CUGAAUCUGUGAUUCCGGUUUCUAGCCGGAAUGUUUUGGAAAGUGCUCCGCACCUUACUUCCGGUGGAGAGGAAAAGGCGCGGUUGCCAUGGUAACCGGCGGCCGGCGGACGUCUGUCAGGCGGCUGAGGGGACCCGGAGUCGUUGAGAGCUGCGCGUCCUCGCCGGUGACCCGGAAUGGCCACCAGUCCAGGAAGUGACAUCGCUUUUGCCAGUCAGAAAUCUAUGCCUUCAGAGAACCUUCGAACAAAGAAACUUCCACUAAGUGAAGAGGAGGUCUUUUACAUGAAUUGUAGAGCUGUCUACUUAACUGUCUUCAAAAGCAGCUUAGAAAACAUUAUUUCUAAAGAUCAACUUUACUUAGCUCUUCAGCAUGCAGGAAGAAACCCAUCCCAGAAGACUAUUGAUAAGUACUGGACUCCUCAAACUGCCAAACUCAACUUUGAUGAUUUUUGUGUAAUUUUAAGAAAAGAAAAACCUACUUCAAAAGCAGAACUGCUAAAAUCAUUUAAGCAAUUAGAUGUAAAUGAUGACGGCUAUAUUUUACACACCGACCUUUAUAAAUUUCUAACAAAGAGAGGGGAGAAGAUGACUCCGGAAGAAGUUAAUACUAUAAUAAAUUUGCCCAACAUAAAUGCUGAUGGCAAAUUUGACUACAUUAAGUUUUGUAAAUUAUAUAUGACGACCAGUGGGCAGUGUCUCAAGACUGCACUAGAAAGGCUUCAGGUUGACAGUAAACAGAGGCGUCAACAGUUUGGAAGCCACAUGGAAGAGCUCCCUGCAAGGGACCCAUCAUCAGUUCUAAAACCUUCACCUAGGAUCCUGAGGAACAGUGACCAGGAAACACUCUCAAAUAGAGGUGACCCCAGGGCUUCUUUACUGUCAACAGCUAGAAAGUUCAAAGCAUCCGUUACCUGCACAAUAUCCAUGGCUGCUAACGGAAACCAAAAUGCUAAGUUAACCGAGCCAAACCUAAAGGACUGGCCGGGGGUGCAGUCCAGGGGCUGCUUCUUCCUGGAGGAUGACGGGGAGACUGUCAGUCACCAGUACCGACUGCACAUGGCUCAGAGGUCCACAGUUCACCUGACAAUUAAGCCGCUCAACCUGAGUCAAGUUGAAGGGAAACUCUCCCCAUGGUCAUCAGUGGAUACUGCCUUGUAUAUCCUAAAGGAAAAUGAGGACCAGGUGGACCCACAGCUCGUGUGCUUUACCGACCUACAACACAGAGAAGGGUUUGGGUGGACCGGUGAGCUGACGCCUGGGCUAUACCGGCUGCUCCCUUCCACUUCGGGCUGUCGGCUGAGGAAGGAGAGAACACCAGAGCCAGAGGAGGCCCAGCUCGUGUGCAGAGACGAUGCCGGGGACCUGUUCCUUACGCAGGCAUUCAAGGCCGCGCUCUCGGAUGUGUUCGACGUGAUUGACCUGGAUGGAAACGGCUUCCUGAGCCUGGAAGAGUAUAACUUCUUCGAGCUGCGGACUAGCGGGGAGAAGUGUGGGGAGGAGGCCUGGCUGCUCUGCAGAGAGCAUUUUGAUACCAAGAAGAACGAACUGACCAGACAAGGAUUUAUGGACCUGCACCUCAUGGAAGCCAACGACCGGGAAGGCGACCCCUGCGACCUCUGGGUGAUGCUGCGUGCCAUGGGCUACAACAGGGCUCUGGAGCUGAAAGAGGCGUGUCCAUUUGUCAUAGAUCUCCACGCAGAAAGAUGCAAGCCCAGGCUGAAGGCCGUCAGGAUGGAGGCGAGCAGGGGGCAGCUCGAGAAGGCCACUUGCCAGUCUGUUCUCCUGCAGGGUGAGGCCAGGGCCAUGGACGGCUAUGAGAAUGUCCUCGUCCACACGCGCAGCUGGGACUUCCGGAUCACGUCAGUCAUUGAGAAUAAGUCAGAUAAUAAGGUGAUUAUUCACAUCAACAAUGAGCUGAGUAAGAACUGUGUUAACAACAGAGGACUCAACGUAUUUGCAGUGGAAGUGGCACCGCAAUCUUCCAUGGUAAGAAGUACUCAGUAGAAAGGAGUGCAGUCUGCACCUGCACUGACCAAUAGCCACGAUGGCAGGGUGGGACUCAGCCCGCAGUCCCUGUCAGACCUAAAGACGAAAAGCACCGGAUUUCAUCUGCACGGGGACUUGGCUCUGCUUUUGUUUUUGUUUUGAGGUAGGAUCUUGCUCUACUGCCCGUGGUCUCAAGCCUGUAGGCCCACGCCAUGCUCCUGCCUCAGGCUCCUGAGUAUCUGGGACUCUAGGCACAGUCCACCACGCCUGGUUCCACAUAGAUAUGCUUUACACAAGGCUGAGAUGCCUCUUAGAAAUUUCCCAGGAAUAACAUGUAAAAGAAAAGUAAAAACUUUCUGUUUUUGUAUGCAGGUUUGCCAACAUGUAAUGCCUCUGAAUGAACACCAAGAGUGGAUGCACCAUUGUGUGUAUUCCCUCAUAUCCAGCUGACUCGGAGGGCUGCUGUCACGCUAAGAGUCACCACCUUAGGUUUGGUCUGCUGUUUAUUUAUUAACUAUGUGCUAUGCAAUUUAACUAGUGUAUCUUAUUAAUUUAACUUACAUGCACUUACAGGUUAUAUGCUUUAUGAUUAAAGUAUAAAUAAUUUUUUUA